AUGGGUCAGGGCCAGUCUCAGCAGCGCACCGACCCCCCUGCGCCCGACGUCGCCCCCUCGAGUCCGCCUUCACCGCCUCAACCUCAUCAACCCGAGCCGACCACCGACAGCCCCGCAGCCCUCCAGGCCGCCCAGCCUGUCGCGUCAGCACCCUCCGACACCAGCCCCGCUACUGCAGCCGACCCGGGCUCGGCAGUAGUCGCCGCCCUCUCGGCCGCCGCCCCUCUCGCCGUCGAGCACGACGCAGGCGACACCUUCAAGGUCCCCGCCCUCCCCACGGCGACGAGCACCACCACCUCGCCCUCGUCGACCCUGCGCGCCCUUCCCGCCGACAUCGAGCACAUCCUCUCGCUCGGCGCCGCCGACCCGGACCAUGCCGAGCUCGCCGCCGCCGCUCGCGGCACAGCCGAGCUCGAGCAGGUCGUCCGCGAGCUCAAGGACCGCGCGACUGCCGACUCGGCUGCAGCGCGGGCGGGCGAGGUCAAGAUGGAAGCGGACGGCGACGAGGUGGACGAGCAGGACGGCGGCGGCGACGAGCUCAGGAAGGUCGAGGACGAGAUGCGCGCACAGGGCGUCACGCGCGGCGCCGAGGUCGUCGAGGUCGAGCACGAGGAGGAGGGCGAGGUCAUGGGCGGCGAGGGCGCGGGCGCGGCCGAGACGGCGCAGGCGGGGGCGCAGGACAGGAUGCAGGACGAUGACGACUCGUCGGACUCGGACUCGUCGUCGUCGAGCGACUCGGACGCCGCCAUGGAGGCCGCGCUCGCCCCCCGUCAGCGCAACCGUCGCGGCAAGCAGCGCGCCGCCGCCGCCGCCGCCGCCGGUGACUCGGACCUCGACGACGACGACGGUGAGUCGGGCAUGGCGUCGAGCAAGACGGCGCCCAAGACGGAGCACGAGGUGGUCGAGCCCGACGUCGCUCCGCCCCCGGUCGCCAAGAUUGACGACCAGGCCGAGCUCGCUCGGUUCGGCAAGGUCGAGAGCGUCAUUGAGACGGUCGUCGUCGUCAAGGCCGACACGGGCGGCGACUGGCGCGUGCUCGACGAGGGCACGGUCGUGUGCUGGGAGGACCGGACCGUCAUCGGCACCAUCUUCGAGACGUUCGGCUCGGUGCAGCAGCCGUUCUACUCGAUCCGGUUCCCCUCGUCGUCGCCUCCCGACCCGGCCGUCUUCACGCACGCGCGCGCCGUCUUCUACAGCCCCAACCUCGCGUCGUUCGUGUUCACGCGCGACCUGCGCAAGGUCAAGGGCAGCGACGCGAGCAACAUCUGGGACGAGGAGGUGGCCGCCAACGAGCUCGAGUUUUCGGACGACGAGGAGGAGGCCGAGUACAAGCGCAAGCUCAAGGCCGAGGCCCGCACCCAGUCCGCCACGCCCGGCCCCUCGGGCUCCCGCGGCUCUCGCGCACCCUCCUCCGCCGCUCCUCCUCCCACCUCCUCGUCCUCCAGCGGCGGCCCACCCUCGCACCUCCCCGCCCGUCCCGCCGUCUCGUACGCCGACACGGCCGACGACUUUCUCACGCCCUCGGUCCCGUCCGCCGCGCCCAUGAACCCGGGGCCGGCUGCUCCAGGCCCGCGCGCCACGAUGGGCACGGCGCCGCCGCCGGGUCGGGUCGGGCGCAGGAUGUUUGAGCGCGACACGGGCGCGACGCUCGAGGAGGGCGAGGAGGUCGAGUUUGAGUUUAGCAGCGGCGAGGGGAGCGAGGGGGAGGAGCAGGAGGACGAGGAGCGCGAGGGCGGGUUUGGCGGCGCGAGGGGCGGGAGGGGCGGGCGCGGCGGGGCGCAGAGGGGAGGGCAGCGUGGCGGCGCGACGGCGGGCGCUCGAGGGCGAGGGGGCCGGGGCGGCGGCGUGCAGGCGACGAGCACCAGCUCACCCGGCGGGCGUCCGAUCGCGGGCAUGCCCCGAGGGCGCGUCGCCACGUCCGCCAGCACGCCAGCAGGCCUCCCGAGCAAGCCCACGUUCGAGGCCGACUUUGCCAUGGCCGACGGCGCAACCGACGCACCGACGCGCAUGUCGGCGCCCGCCUCGUCGUCCUCGUCGACCCACCCCUCCCAGCCUCUUCCUCCUCCUCCCUCUCCUUCGUCAAACACCGCCGCGCCGUACUCGUUCGGCGCCGCCCCGCCACCGACCGGCGCCUUCACGUUCGGCGCACCGCCGAGCGGGCCGAGCGCGACUCGCUCGCCGCCCCAGCCGCAGCCGCAGCCGCACAUGCCGUGGUCGGGCGCUCCCCCCUCCGGGCCCUCGGCGGGCUACUCGCCCAACUACGGCGCGGCGCCCACCGGGCCUCGAGGCGGCGGCGCGCAGCCGUCGUACCCGGGCGCAGGAGCCUACCGCGCCGCACCGCCGCCGCCGCCGCCGUCGCACUACUACGGCGGCCCGGGCGCGUACGGCUACCCGGCCGCACCGCCACCUCUCGGGCCUCCCGGCGGCGGCGGCGGCGGCGCAGGCGGGUACUCGCCGCACGCGCCGUACGCGAGCGGGCCUGGCGCGGGCGGCGAGGGGUACAACCCGAUCGCGGUGCAGGGCGGCGGGCACCUCAACCCGCGGUUCUUUGCGGCGCAGCAGGCGGCGCAGCAGGGACAGGGACAGGGGCAGCGUCCGGGGCAGCAGGGAGGAGGAGGAGCAGGAGGAGGAGCGCAGGGCGGUCAGGGUUACUACCCGGCGCAGGGCGGCCAGGGAGGGUACGGUGGUCAGGGGCGGUGGUGAGCUCCUCGAGGACGAGCAAUGGAGCACUCUUUGCCGCUGCAGA